CAAUCUUCCAUUGUUGUUCCAACUGAUAUUAAAUAUACACAGCCACGAACCCUAGCUUUACGUUUACAUUUUUUCUCAGAUCUGACCAUUCUGCAAUACCCAAUCUCUUCCAUGGGUUCCAGGAAGAACGAUUUCGGCGAUGGCGCUAGUCCUGGAAAAAUCUUUAUUGGAGGUGUAGCGAAAGAGACGACGCGAGAACAAUUUGUGAAGUACUUUGAGAAGUAUGGGGAGAUAAUAGACUCGGUGAUUAUGAAAGAUAGGCAAACAGGUAGACCCAGAGGUUUUGGGUUCAUCACUUUUGCGGAUCCAACAGUUGUAGACACUGUUAUAGCUGAAAACCAUAUUAUCAAUGACAAACAAGUUGAGAUUAAAAGAACCAUCCCAAAAGGAUCUGCUGAUUCAAAGGAUUUUAAAACAAGGAAGAUUUUUGUUGGUGGCAUUCCAACUACCAUGACCGAAGAUGAAUUCAAGAACUUUUUCUCUAAGUUUGGGAAAGUAACAGAGUAUGAGAUCAUACGAGAUCACGUGUCCAAGCGUUCUAGAGGCUUUGGAUUUAUUGUGUUUGACAAUGAAGAAGUAGUUGAUAAUUUGCUGGCUGAGGGAAAUAGGAUGGACAUGAUGGGUACUCAGGUUGAGAUCAAGAAGGCAGAACCAAAGAAACCCUCAAACCCAGCUUCUGCUCCUGCAUAUGGUAGUAAUUCUAGGGGGCGUGGAUAUGGUGAUAGUUAUGGAGGAUUUGCCGAUUCAUAUAGCGGUUAUGACAGUGGAGGUUUUGGCCCUGCUUCUUAUAGGUCAUUUGGAUCUAGGUAUGGUGACUAUGGAUAUGGUGGUAGAUAUGGAGACUUUGGCAGUAGUGAAUUUGGUGGUUACCGUGGAGACCCCUCACUUGGUUAUUCCAGUCGUUUUGGCUCGUAUGCUGGUGGUUAUGGUGGGGGAUACAGUAGCAGUGGGCUAGGAGCAUAUGGCCGUGGAGGUGGUUAUGGUGGUUAUGGGGGAGCUGGCCCUGGUGCUGGUUAUGAAUCUGGCCCUGGUGCUGGUUAUGAAUCUGGCCCUGGUGCUGGUUAUGAAUCUGGCCCUGGUGCUGGUUAUGAAUCUGGCCCUGGUGCUGGUUAUGAAUCUGGCCCUGGUGCUGGUUAUGAAUCUGGCCCUGGUGCUGGUUAUGAAUCUGGCCCUGGUGCUGGUUAUGAAUCUGGCCCUGGUGCUGGUUAUGAAUCUGGCCCUGGUGCUGGUUAUGAAUCUGGCCCUGGUGCUGGUUAUGAAUCUGGCCCUGGUGCUGGUUAUGAAUCUGGCCCUGGUGCUGGUUAUGAAUCUGGCCCUGGUGCUGGUUAUGAAUCUGGCCCUGGUGCUGGUUAUGAAUCUGGCCCUGGUGCUGGUUAUGAAUCUGGCCCUGGUGCUGGUUAUGAAUCUGGCCCUGGUGCUGGUUAUGAAUCUGGCCCUGGUGCUGGUUAUGAAUCUGGCCCUGGUGCUGGUUAUGAAUCUGGCCCUGGUGCUGGUUAUGAAUCUGGCCCUGGUGCUGGUUAUGAAUCUGGCCCUGGUGCUGGUUAUGAAUCUGGCCCUGGUGCUGGUUAUGAAUCUGGCCCUGGUGCUGGUUAUGAAUCUGGCCCUGGUGCUGCUUACGAAUCUGGCACUGGUGCUGGUUAUGGUGGAUCAGGAGGUUUAUAUGGAAGUAGGGGAGGGUAUAGUGGCAGUGGCCGUUACCAUCCUUACUCCAGGUAGAUUUUCCUAAGCUUUGUAGGAGUUGCAUUCAGGUAUCUUGGUUACUGCAUCCUCAGGCAAGGGUUGAGUAGAUAUCUUGGAUCACUAGCAAAGGAGACACCACCUAGAAGAUUUGGAGAGCCCUAGUUUGCUACUUCUUAUUACGACUGUGCGACCAGAGAACCAUAUCUAGAUAGAUAUGAUAUAGCUUGUGCUUUGUCUUAGUUUAGAUAUUUUCUCUCUUUAUGAACUAUGGAUUAGCUAGAACCUUCUUUUGGAGUUCUUUUGUGUUUCUUGUAAGUUUGGUUUCAUAGAUACAUAUGAUGCUGGCUCGUAUUGUUCUAUACUUAGUAAGUACUCUACUUCUCAGGUAUCACUCUAUGAUAAGUUCACGAGCUUUUUACUUUUAAGAGA